AGCACGAGACGACGACAACACGACCAGGACACUACUGCGUUGAGGGGUUUGUGUUUGUGCGUGAUUUUCACCACGAUGUGUUAUACUCGAGUUCCGCCGGUAGUCGCAAACAGUAUCUAUCGUCGGUCACUUAAAGCGAUUCCGAACCCGUGAGGAGGCAGGCUCUGAGAGCACGCUGUUCAUCGCGAGUCGAAUAUUCCGGACCACGAAUUCUUGGGGUCGGUCGGUGAUAAUCUGAGAAGGAAGCACUUCGAUCGCUUUCGACCGCAGGUACGGUUUGCACCCCCGAAACCUGAUCGCUUACGAAGCUGUAGUACAGGACUACAUGACUCGACCCCUUGUCCAUAUGCGUUGCACGUUGUUGAAUCAUAGUGCGAAGAGGCCCAGGAAACGGUGAAUCAGCACUAAAUCAAAUCUGCCGAUCUACGAGUGCGGUGAUGGUAUUUUCUUCAGGAGUGAUGCUAAUCCCUUUCUAUGUGUAAACAAGUGACGAUCAAAUCGCAAAGUUCUCGUGUUGAGUGACAUCAAGAAACGCGUGACAAUCGGCCGUCCAGAUGAUUCUGGAACUUUGAUUGAUUCAAAAACAUCUCGAGUUGUGAGUUACUGUGCAAUGUGUUCGAAUCAAAUGUCUGCGACUCGUCAACCGACGUAAUCUAUUCGAGAGGUAAAAAUGCCGCCGCGUUUGACGAGGAAACGGUAUAACAAUUUUUUAGUACAAUAGAGUUGGUGUCUCCGUGUGUUACUACCACAUAAUUCGGCUGCUAAACGAGUGAUAAAAUGUCUGGUGAGACGGAAAUCGAGGUGUCGGUUGUGUCCGAGGAGGACUUGGAGCUUGAGGGUUCACGGAGUAGCUCGGCACCGGCCGAACUCCUCAUUCAGGACAAAAAUAAUUGUAGCAUAAGCAAUUCUUGUACAAUUAACGGCGGCAAAGCUCCCCUGAGACCUGCUUGUACCCCGCAAUACACCUCGUUCAGCAUAUCCAGCAUCCUUGGACGGUCCGAGUCUCCGAUAGCCGUCGCGGCCUCGUCUCCUACCCCGAAAGAUCAGCCGCCUCGUCAGGUCCUCCAGGCUAGCACACCACCGCAGACUUUGCCACAAACUGCCUCGGCCUCGCCCAGCGAAUCGUCGCAUCUUCUUGGUCUGCCAAGGCUUGGAAGUCUCACCACCGGCAGCUCGGCUCAUGGCGUCAACGGGAACAGUUCGAGUUUUGGUUCUGCCGAAGGCAACCCUUUGAUGGGCCAUGCAACGACGGAUCUUGCCAUGCUCUCUAGACUGGGGAUAAUGUCUUCGUUGAUAGCUGGCCGCUACCCCGUUGGAAUCGGGAGUAUUUUCUUCCCGUCGCCUCUCCAGCACCUCCAUCAGCAUCAGCAUCACCCACGUUUAACCACGACGGGAACAAACGUGACUAGUAGUGGCCAGGAAGCCGCGGAUGCUGAAAACAUUCAAAGAAUGCUACCCGCCAGCGGGGGUUGGCCUUUUCACUGGAGACCAAGCCACACGCUACAAACCCUCAACCACCACUCAUCGAACGAUGGAAAUUCCCAUCGGCAAAGUCCUUCGGCGACCUUUUUGCAGAGAGACGAUGAGGAGGAAGACCACGGAGUGACCAUGGCUCGAGAACGGAGUCCAUCCUCUGGUGACGACGGUCAUGACGAUCCGGUUGACGGGGACGGCGAUGGCGACGGUGACGGUGACGGUAAUUCCACGUUACACUCGUCAGGUAGCGGUCAAAUGGGGGUCGGCGUCGACGGGAGGGAUUCCGGGAGUAUGAAGAGGAAGAAAAAGACACGGACCGUUUUCUCCCGAUCGCAAGUUUUUCAGCUGGAAAGUACCUUUGACAUGAAACGCUACCUAUCGUCCUCGGAAAGAGCCAGCCUAGCAGCGUCUCUACGUUUGACUGAAACGCAGGUGAAAAUAUGGUUCCAAAAUCGAAGAAACAAGUGGAAAAGACAGCUUGCCGCUGAGCUCGAGGCUGCAAACAUGGCGCACGCUGCACAGAGGCUCGUCCGCGUGCCAAUUCUCUAUCACGAAGCCUCCGCAAGCUCGUCCGUGGCUUCUUCGUCGUCGUCAGCACAUCCGUCGGGACAACCAUCCCUCUCCCACUCUGUGGCGGCUUCCUGCAACCCGCCGCAUCCCCAAAAUCAGGCCAUAUUCUAUGCCCAUCACCACCACCAUCAUCAUCCUGCUCAUGUUCAGCACGCUUUGCUGCCGCACCAGGUGCACCCCCAACCCCCACCGCCGCCACCGCCCCCGCCGAAUCCUCAUCCGCCACCACCGCCACCGCAACCCUCUACGCAAUAAUACCUUGAAUAUAGCAAGGAGAGAUAUUACGAUGAAGCAUCCUUUUCCUUAUCCCCGUCCCGAAAAAGCGAGAGAGAAAGAAAGAACGGAAGAACGAACGAACGAGCAGGAAUGAAAAAGAAAACACCAUCCCCUCUCUGUAGGUAUCACUUACUCACAAAAACGUUCAUUGUCUAUCGCAUACAAAAAUUACUAUUAACGAAUAAAAAAAAAUCUAAUAUAUCUAUAUUACAUUGUAAAUGCUACAUAUAACGGAGGCUUUUUAUUCCUUACCGCAUAUUCAUAUGAGCAAAGAUGCCCAGCGUGGAUGAUACACUCCAUCUUUACCCUUAUACAUACCGGGUCUGUGGCGUGAUCCACCCACGCUGGUACCUGAGCCCUGAAGUGAGAUACGUAUGCUAUAUGCAUGUGAAUUGCAUACAUCUAGAUCGGAAUGGAACUGCUCGCUAUGAACACGAGGCCACGUGGGACUCGACUCUUGGUGACAAUGCGAUGCAGUCGGGACACGCGAUGCACUUCAAUCAUCUCACUCGACCCUCUGAUCUCUCAACCUUCCAUUUAAGUAUUGCUCUUGUCUUCUCAGCCUCUGCAUAUCACACUUUCGACACA